AUGGAGCUCUGGUCCGAUAUGUCCGCUGUAUCGUCACCAGCUUCGUUUCAAACCGCACUUCAGUCGCCCGAUGCCGCCGACACAAAGAACACGCCCGCGACUCCCGCAAAAAGCAAACCUAUGUAUUCCCUUGCGGACCAGCUCCCCCGCGAGCUCAAGGAGCACUGCCAGAUCUACCUAGAGGAGCAUCUAUGUAAGUUUGACUGCAGCACCCGGCCCAUGAUUAUCGCCCCCUCCGCUGACAGGCAUCUAGAUAAUGGCGCGCUCGGCCUCUUCAACAGCCUCCUCACCUCAGGCUACUCACGAAAGGAAAAAACCACCAAGAAGCCCAUCUAUGUCCCGCCUUCAACCCACCUCGGCCUCCUCAACACGCUGGCCAUCCACCCGAGCCACACCACCCGAGCCGCCGGCUCCGACCGUCUCGAGGUAGGGUCGCAGGCGCUCGACUACCUGCGCAACCUGCUGGCCAUCGUCGGCCCUAUCAACGCCGGGCUCAAGGACGCAUUCCGGUUUCACGGAGUGCAAUAUGGUCGCCGAAGCCGAUACCACGACGAAGACGACGACGAUUUCGACGGAGACCAGAUAUCCAACAAUAAACUUGCCAGCGAGGACAGCAUAUGGCAGCGCGCCCAGGAUUUCUGGGCUGUUGUGGGAUGGGCCUUCAACUGCAGUAGGAUACAUUCUCACCGCUGGCGCUUCUGGAAGGUGUGGUUGGAGUUCAUGCUGGAUGUUCUCGAGGCCGACCUCAGCGAACGAAAGCGCAUGGAUGAGGACGCGCUGGCCUCUCCGCAGGCUCUGCAGCGCUGGGACAGCACACGAGGGUCUAUCCUCGUCAUGUACAUCCAGCAGAAAGCCGAAUCUGGCAGGGGCGCUCUGAGGAUGAUCCUACAGGCCAUGUUUGCUGAUGGCUCCAGUUCGUCCAUGGCCAAGUUCUCGGAGGUAUUUAACAAAGAGACAAAGGGACUCGCGAGCGACGACAAGAAGCGGAAGCGGACAGCCAUGUUCGACAUCGACAACGGCCAGUUUGGCGACUACUUCCACGACCCAACGGACUCUGAGCCCUCGGACACGGGCACGCCAGGAACCCCGCACACGCCAGUGAAGAAGGCAGGCGAUACGAUUACGCCCCUGGCCGACUCUAUCCCACUUCGUCUCCGGCUGAUGGAACUCCUGUCCGAGGUUGCCUACGAUCUCCCCGAUAUGUUCAUGGACCACAACGAAUAUCUAAUGGAGCUUUGCAGGCUGCUCAAGCAGCAACCUCUGUCGUUCUUCCACCAAUUCAUCAAGGACAUGGGCGUCUACGUCCAGCGCUACGGGGGUGCAUUCAAGGUCGACCUCCUGACCAUCCAGUUAGACCAGCUGCUACCCAAUGGAUACUUGGAUCCAAAAAAGGUCUGCAACGGUGAAGAGACUGGCGUCAUAAUCAAUGCGGAUGUUCUGGAGCUGUGCUACCUGGGUAUGCAUGCUAACACCAUCGACCCGGACGAUAACGCCAGGGUGGCGCUGAUCCUCGAGAAUCUCCUUCACACGCUGCCCGCAGAGGACGUCAGGAAUGCCAGAGACCGGCUCCAUAAAGCUGCGUCUCAAGGCAUCGAGGCGCGCGAGGCGAAGGUCAAGGGUGCGAACAGGAGGAGCGCGACGACCCCGAAUCGUCGAGGUCGUGGUAGGAAGGGCCCGAAUGCGCGAGACUUGUAUGCCAAGCAAAUGAUGGACCUGGCAGCGGAGCGCAUAUUGCUCUACAUUGACAUCGUGGCCGCGCAUACGUCCAACGAGAAUGGCGAUGAAAACGAGGAUGUGGAUCAGAAGAUGGGGCUGUGA